AAUUAAGCAUUAUUAUAACAAAAAUAAUUAAAGUGGUGUAAUUAUGCGGUAUAUAAUUGUAACCAUGUUGUUUGUGGUCUCCAUUGCUAGCAUUUCGCAAGCAGCCGAACGGUGCGUUAAUGGACGGUAUCAUUCGUGCACCAGCGCCUGUCCCGAGACAUGUUUCAAGAAUCCAGGUUUUUGCUUUGGUUCGUGUGUUCCCGGUUGCAAAUGCCACCAUGGUUAUGUGCUCAAAGAGCGUUAUGGUAACAUUUGCGUCAAACCCAAGAAUUGCAUGAAGCGCAUUUUUGGUUAAUCUACUUGAGAUAUUCCUACUUGAUCCCAACUAGCACUCUUUGGGCGCACUUUUAUUUGAGUUUCUUAUAUUAUUCUAAACUUGUAUUUCUGUAUUGAAAUCCCAUAAGAUAUUUAAUUAAUAAAUUUGUAUAAGUAAACAA